AUGAAACUUAUAGUUUGCAAUGAACUUCAAAGUAUAGAUACAACAAAAGUUUUGAACUCAGAUGCUUUGAAGAGUCUUAUAACAGACAAAGUUGGAGUUGUUGAAAGAAAAUAUAAAGACCAAAGAGUUUGUGAAAAUGUUGCAAACUUCGUUAUGGUUUCAAACAAUGCUGUUCCGAUGAAGUUAGAAAGUUCUGACAGAAGAUAUGUAGUUGUCAGAACGUCAGAUUCUCAUAUGCAAGAUACAGAAUAUUUUGACGACUUAGCAGAAACUUUGACAUCUGACUUUUACAACCACUUGUUCUCAUAUUUCAUGACAUUAGAUAUUUCAAAGUUCAAUCCAAGACAAAUUCCACAUACCGAAGAGAGACAAACAUUGUUAGAAGCAAACAAGAGUGUAUAUGAACUGUUCAUAGAUGAAACUGACUUUGAGUGUUUAGAUGAAAGGUCAUUGUACGACUCGUAUAAACAAUAUUGUCAAGAGUAUGGUUAUAUGACAGCGUCUAAACGAACAUUCUUGGCAAAUGUCAAAAGUCUUUUAGAUGUUCAGAAUGGUGUAUAUACAAAGAAAAUUUUUUCUGAGUAA